CAGGGUUGGUUACCAACCAUAAACGAUAUAAAGCGGUGCGUGGUAAAUACUCCAGUUAUUUUGCCAUAAAACUUGGCACUUUACAACUGCAAACCCAAUUUUCAUUAAAAAGCAAAGUCCCAUAGCCAUUGGAAAACUACUAGCUUCCUCUAGCUAAUUGCCAUUAAAGUAUGCGGCUCGUUUGGUUGGUGUUUCUGGUGGUUUUGGCUAAUGUAAAUGCGGGUCAUGUGUGGUUAAAAGACCUAUUUUCUCCCAAAGGCUUGGAUUUGGGAUAUGGAGUGGUGUUAAAAUUAAACGAUAGUCAUAAAGACGGGAAAAAUGUGCCCAUAAUGGAGCGGUUUACUUUGGACUUGAAACUGGGUGAUUUAUUGGGUGUGAGUGUUGGUAAACCGAAGAGCGACGGUGUUGAAUUGGACUUUUAUGUCAAUAAAGAUGGCAAUUUCCACGAAGGUAGAGGCAAAAAAGAUGACAACAGCAAACAAAUGAUGAUACAGAUGGUCAUCGGCUACAAAGCGGCACUCGCCAUUAGUGCAAUGAUGGCCGUUAUAAAACUACUCACUUUGAAAGCCCUCAUUGCUGCAAAAGCAGCCCUCAUGAUUUCCUUAUUGGUGCUGAUUUUGAAGCUCAAACAACCUCAUUCUUCCGAAGUAGUCGAAGUCGAGCAGCUUGAGUAUCCAAGUCCGCCCAUCAUAGCUAAAGAUAUUGGACCAAGUUUCCAAGGAACUGCUGGAGGAUAUGGAGGAGGAUUCAGAGGCGGAGCUGGCCAAGGUGGCUCAGUACAGCAUAAUUAUGGCCAGGAAGCUCAAAGUAGUAACAUGUAUUCCGAUAUAAUUUACGCUCCAAGUGGAGCGGGUCUUCAAGCCAACUCAGAACAGAAUUCCCCAUAUAAUGCAGCAGAUACAGAAGCUUCAACACAAACAGGCAUUGCAAGGAAAGGAAAAGACAUCCAGCGCAAACGUGAUACUGCAUACUUUAGGAAGAUGCUGAGCGGAUCAGCAGCUAAUAUAUUGACUGUUAAAAAAUACAUCUUGCCUGCAUAGUAAUUCACAAUUGCUACAGUCUUAAUUAAUAUAUUUAUGAUUUCAAAAUA